AUGGUGCAGACGUACAGAUCACCUGUACGUAUUUACAAACACCCGUUCGAAAUUGUUAUGGCGGCAUAUGAAAUGAGAUUCCCAACAUGUCCGCAAAUUCCGAUUUUCGUCGGAUCCGAAGUGAUAUACGAGUACAAAAGCGGUGAUGGUGCCGAGUGGGUUAUCGAUCGAAAGUGUCAGUUGAACGUGGAAGCACCGUAUCUCGUAAAGAAAAUUGCCGGUGUCGACUACGUCUAUUUCUCACAGAAGAAUUCAUUGGAUCGUAGGAAGAGAACGCUUGAUAUCGAAGCAACGAAUAUUUCAUUCGCCAACAGAAUUGCUAUCAAGGAGAAUUGCACGUAUUAUGUUCAUGCUGAAAACGAGAAUUGGACUUGCUUCGAACAGUCUGCUUCUCUCGAUGUCAAAAACUUCUUCGGAUUGGAAUCAGCUGUUGAGAAGCUUGCCGUUCGACAAUACGGUGCCAACUUGGCGAAAGGAAAGGAAAUUCUGGAGUAUUUUAUUGAAGAGCUUCUCAAGAAAACGACACACAUUGAGAGAUACAGAGAUCCAAAUGAGGAAGAGACUACGUCGACAGCAGAUUCUGCAAUCGAGUUGAAGGAAUCAUCAGACGGUGAAGCUGUUCUUGUCAACCAGAAGGCUCCAAUGCUGGCUGCGGAAACCGAUGAGAUGAAGACGGCUCGUGCGACGGCCAGUUUUGACGACGCCGACUCGAAACUCGAAGCUGAAUACAUCAGAAGAUUCCUUGGACAGUUGAGCCCACUUGAAGAAUCGAGACUUUGUGAGAUUAAGUACAGUCUUCAAGCUCAUCAUAAGGGAAAACUCCCAAAUGACGCACACUUGCUCCGCUUCCUCCGAGCCCGAGAUUUCGACGUGGCAAAAGCGAAAGACAUGGUUCACGCUAGCAUCAUCUGGAGAAAGCAGCACAACGUUGACAAGAUUCUCGAGGAAUGGAGUCGCCCGACAGUCAUCAAACAGUAUUUCCCCGGAUGUUGGCAUAAUUCGGAUAAAGCCGGUCGCCCGAUGUACAUCUUACGACUGGGUCAAUUGGACACAAAAGGAAUGCUGAGAAGUUGUGGAGUAGAGAAUCUUGUUAAAUUGACACUUUCAAUCUGUGAAGAUGGUCUUCAACGGGCAGCUGAAGCUACCAGGAAAUUGGGGACACCAAUAAGCUCAUGGAGUUUGGUAGUGGAUUUGGAUGGAUUGUCGAUGAGACAUCUGUGGAGACCUGGAGUUCAAUGUCUUCUGAAAAUUAUUGAGAUCGUAGAAGCCAACUAUCCAGAAACGAUGGGACAAGUUCUUGUUGUUCGGGCUCCACGUGUCUUCCCAGUUCUGUGGACAUUGAUUUCUCCGUUUAUUGAUGAGAAGACUAGAAAGAAGUUCAUGGUCAGUGGUGGAAGUGGAGGAGAUUUGAAAGAAGAACUUCGAAAACACAUUGACGAGAAAUUCAUUCCGGACUUCCUCGGCGGAUCGUGUCUCACAACGAACUGUGGACUUGGUGGACAUGUUCCCAAAUCAAUGUAUCUUCCUGUGGAAGAACAAGAAGGAGCAAGUUCAUCAGAAGAUCCACUCCACUCAACAUACACAAAUACUGCCACGUGGAGGGGAUAUCCAGUUGAAGUUGUGAUUCCAAUCGAGACUGCUGGAUGUGUGUUGACGUGGGAUUUCGAUGUGCUCAAGAAUGAUUGUGAAUUCAGUCUCUAUUUUUCAACUGAGAAAAUUGAACAACCCCCAGUGCGUGACGGUGCUCAAUCUCCAACUACGAUUCUGAAUCCAGUGGAAAUGGUUUCUGCCGCUAUUGGAGGUGCUUCUCAUCAACACCCGGAUCUUCAGUGUGCUCCAGAGUUGAAAAUUGGAACGCCACAACUCAUUCUCGAAGAGAAACCAGUUCUGUUCCAGGAGGGAGACUCUAUGCAGGGAUCUCACUACUGCUCACGAGCUGGCACCUACAUUAUGCAAUGGAGAGUUCCAGAGUCCACAGCUGGACACUCUUCAACUUUCGACUUUGGCUCCCAUAAAUGCCGACUGAUCUACUAUUACGAAAUUUUGAAUUCUGAAAACUUUAGAGGAUCCGUAGCUUCACUUGAAUCUUGCCGUUCAUCAUCGUUCAGUUCAAUCGCCCCACCGACUCCCCCGACUCCCGGAACUCCUCGUAACCCAUAA